GCCGCUUUCUGAGAACGACGCAAGAAAGUGCUGACGAAAAGUUCUCUAUUCCCUCGCGAAAAGAUGAACAGCAAGAUGAACUACUACCGGAGGCCGAGCGUUGUGCCCGCCCGCACGAUGGUCCUAAACCUGCUACCCUGGUCGGCGACCACCACGUGUGCAGUUGUUUUUUUCGCCCUGAAGCUGAACAUCAGUGGCCUCAUCUCGCACAAUGUCCUUGACGCCCAUGCCCUGCGCACCACCGGGUUUGCGGAGAACAACAAGACCGGGACCAACGGAGAAUGCCCUUGCUGCGCAGGAGGAGCACAAGGACGUGGUGUCCUCGAGGGAGGUGAAGAUGCAGCAACAACUGCGCCUACUCCAGCAACGUGUUCGCGUCCUCGCGGAGCCUUUUCUCGGUUCGAGCGGAACACGAAACUUUUUAUGAAACGCACAAAAGAAAACGAAGAGGAGAAGAUCGACCCCGCUUGUCGUCGUCCAACAGCUGAGUUCUUGCCAGGUUCUUGUUUCAAUACGCAGCGGGACGACAAGCAAACGGCCUCUGGUGCUCCGGCUCCUGCGCAGGAAACACGAGGAUCGAUGGUGCAGCAGGAACAGCAGCAGCAGCAGCAACCCCAGCAACAGCAGAUCCACCUGGAGCAGCACCUUCCCGUAUCGCCGCCGCAACCGGGGCAAGUGGUCCACCCCGGGAGCUCCUCCCCCGGCUUGUGUCCAGGAGAAAGAACCGAAAAAGGUGCGGUCCUCCCAGGAGGUGAAGUCGUGUGGUACUCGCCCGGUCACUACGCCGUCCUGGGCCCGGACGGCAAGCUUCACCUCCAGAAAUCGGAUGGUGUUACGCCGCCGAAUGACGUUGCGUGCCAAGAACUCGUAUCAAAUGUAAAAAUGGCUGGGUCAGUCUGGAAGAGUCAGGCUGUUUUUGCAUGACAAAGAAGGUCUGGCACGGAAGCUCUAGCAUCACAGGUUUCGAGAAGCUUCCGCAAUGCCGAAUCCGCAUGACAGAUCCCCCAUUUUGGUGACAGAAAGUGGGCAACUUUUGCUGCCUAUACAUGGGAGAUUUUUCUGUGUUCUGGAAUGCGCAUCACAAGUUUGUAUUCUUCCAGACCCAGACCUCUUUGCAAUGCAUAACUCGGGUGGGCCGUGGUCAUGUGUGAUCUGGAUACAAAGACCGGUCAGCUUAUGGAUGUGUCAGGAUCGAAAUCGACAAAAGCGAAAAAUUUGCGAUGCAUAAAAUGUACGGCACUGAAGGCCUGUAUUGGGGAGCAGGCAAAUGAGACCGAUUGUAAGCCCGUUUAGGGGUAUGCAAUGUAGUGCUGCCAGAGUAGCAUUACAGGAGGAGUCUUCUUUGCCCAAACAGCAUGACAGACUGGAUUUGGGUACUUCCGAAAUUUGUCAUGCGCCACAUGGAAACUGAGGCUCCAACUGACAUCGAUUUUGUGCAUCACAAAUUUUUCGAUUUUGUAAAUUUCGCCUCUGACACUUCCAUACAGCUAUGCCGGAUUGCGGAAAACUGUCCACACAACGACGAAAUGAAAAGGCGAGCGCACAGCAUGUUGUUGGAACAACAAAAGCAGAAAAAACAACUAUUGCUGCAGGAACAGCAGCGACUGCAUGAGCAGCAGAGACUGCUCGAGCAACAAGGCAGCGCUCGUGUGGUCGACGCGGCAGGCGUAGGACUACUAAAGCGUGGCUCCUGCCCGUCCAGCAGUCCUGGAGUGCCAGCACCUCCUGCUGGACAUCAAAACACUGCCGCACAGCAAACGCCAAAGUCGCCGGCUGCAGUGGCAGCUCCCUCUUCGACCACCACUAAAGAUGGGUAUAGUGACGAAUCGAUAUCGAGGUCAACACACGACCACUCUGCGCACCGAGAACCCCGUUCUUCGGCUGACGUCACGAUGAGUUCUUGUGGCGCGACUUCUACUACUGUAUCAGGUGGAGAUUGCCCCGGCAGCAGUGCAGCAAAUGUGCAGUUCUACAGUCCUCCGUGGCCACAAGCGGGCGGAAUGUGGCAGGUGAUGCCGCAUCAUAAUCCGGCAAUGGCUCUUCACUGCUCUCCGGGACAGGCACAGCCAUCCCCGUUAGUUGUAUCCCCUUGUCCUUUCGUGUGGGCCGCACCAGCAGCUCCGUACAACGACCCGGGAAAAAAUGAUGGCAGCAACUCUAUGCCGAACAACUACACGUGGGCUUGGUGCAGCCCCUGCGCUACUUACACCUCCGUGCCAGCACCUCCUCCCGGACAACUACACGGCCCUGCAGAUACUACAGGGACGAGUGGUGCCACUCCCACUACGCCACAGGCAGGAGGGGGCCCGGCGGUCUUCCCAGACUGUAACACUGCAAGCACUGCGUCGGGCGCCGUGAACACAGUGGCAGCAAAGGAGAUUGUUUCUGCGCCGGAGGCGGAGCACGAGACAAAUAACAUUUUUGGUGAUCAAGAACUGUGUAGUCGUGCUGAGACCACCACCACGACCCACGCGCAAUCCUCGCAGGACCUGUUUCGCUCGGCGUUACGACGUGCUUCAGGGGAGCCUAGGUUUUCGCAGGCGGCCCACGAGAAGAUGCUGGCGGCUAGGGAACAACACACGACUUCUCAGCGGCCGCGCGAAAAGUCAACCUCUCGGGCAGCCCAUAGGCACGACCAGCAACCCGCCCGCAGGACCACAAGCGUGGUCCCCCCUCCUGCAAAGAGAGCGGACGGUGGGCCGUUACGCCCCGGAAAGGUGGAAGGGCAAGCGGGGGCGGGUUCUGUAAAAAAUGCACCUGCUGAAGAAACCAGUCCGGGAGGACGAGCAGCAACAGGGACGAAGCAGCCUCCACUAUAUGUGCCGCCGCAGAAAAGAGCUGGAGCAGAAGCUGGAUCACUGCUUCAUCCGGGAGAGGAGUUUUAUUCUGGCGAAUUUAGUUAUGAUUUUGCGAACAUAGCUGGACCGAGCACACACCAUCCCGACGCCGGAUCUUUCAACGUGGCUCGCCCCCCACGAGGCCCGUCGCCGCCAGGGUCUCGUCCUGACUCGCCGCAGCAUGCGCAGCCGCCCUCUUUCGACGGAGGCAUGGUGCAAGCGGCUGCUGCUCCCGGGAAAGACAGUGCUAUCGUUCUGGAACAAGGGCAGAAAAAUCCUACUAAGCAGCUCUUGCGAGGAAAGAGAAACCGGUCGCAACCUUCGCGCGGGACAAGCAAGCCGCCAGGGGUGUGGCUGCGACGGGAUAAAAAUCGGGAUGAGAUGACACAACAACCCAGAGGACACAGUAUGUACGACGGUGACCAACGGAAAGGUUCGUACCCUGAACAGAGCGCCCGGUCGCCCUCGCGCGGGAGAAGCAAGCCGCCAGGAGUGUGGCAGCGAGGGGCUGCUCGGGAUAAGAUGACACAACAACCCAGAGGACAGAGUAUGUACGACGGUGGCCAACGGAAGGAUUUGUACGAUGAACAGAGCGCUACUGAUUCGCUGGGCCAACAGGAUGAUUUGUACUCUGAAGAGAGCGCUAGCCGGUAUGUAACUGAUUCGCCGGGCAGCUCGUUGCUCACGGACCAUCUAGUAUCCAGGAAAAAAAGUGUGUAAGUGUAACUUUCUUGGAGGAACAGCAUCACAAAUUUGUUCUGCAUGACAGAGAAAACCUCUCAUGCGUGGUUUGUAAGGGAAAACACAAAUAAAAAGAGGACUUCAUGCUUGUCUGGCAUGACAGGUGUAACUCUGUUGCAUGUUCUGCAUGACAGAGUUACACUAUACACACUUUUUUUCUUGCAUAUCUAGUUGCGCUUGGUCAUUACCAUGGAGAGUCUGGACCCUACGGUGAUUAUCCUGAGUAAAAACGUCCCCACACCAGAGUUGUCAUGCAGAUUUGCAAGCACAGGAACAUUUGUAAUGCGCAUCGCCAGGAGAGGCAUUUUUAGUCGUGUUUUGGAAUUUGUAAUGCUGUAAACAGGAUGAGCAGAUGGAUUUCUGAUGCAGCUUGCCUUGCGAACCUGCACUACACUACGGACUGCAACUUGUGAUGCGUGACCCCCAAAAGUUCUAGGUUUGUGUUGCGAAAUCCCCAUCUUGACUCUGGUGUGGGGAUGUUUUUACUCAGGAUAGUGAUUUUGGCUAUUAUUCCUUUCAGCCGGAUGAAACUGGCGAACAAUAGAUGGCUCGCCCCACAGAAAACGCAGGGGCUCGAGCGCGAGUUCUUUUGCUCGCGGCCCCUCUUCAGUAAAGAGGGCCGUUUCUCGGCCCUCUGCGAACGGUUGUAUACGUUUCUCGGCCGAAGGACCCGGCGAAUGGUUGUAUACGUUUUUGAGGGUAGUUCGACGAGCUUAUCAAGGACUACAAAAAGCUCACUUAGAAAUUUUGAUGCUGCGAGCAACGAUAUAAAGACUUGACUUCUGAGUGGUUUUUGCUAAACAAAUUGAAGACGUAACUGAGUGUUGGCAUUUUUAGUGGCAGAAAGAAUUGAUUUUCUGCCAAAUGCCUAAUAUCACGUGAAUCGCAAAAAUGCCGUAGGUUGUUAAAUUCAUCUCUUUGAACAAUAGAAAAGCACAUUCUAAAAACUCUCGCCCCAAUAUUAACAGUGGUUUACUUUUAUCAGAACGAGACAAGCUAUGCCGCAAAAAUGCGACAACGCUGCUCCUUCACAAUUUUCGAAAAUUUCUCGAAACGGUAUCACGAAGCUCCUGCUGCUCGUCAACACAUUGGGAGCUACAACAAUCUCUUCCGCAGCAAAUAAAGUUAGAUUUUUAUUCACGUCAAGAGUGGCACUAGGCCCAGCGUCGUUUUCAAAAAUAUAAUAUCGAAACUACAUAAAAGGCACUAAAUACACGUUUCAGGUUGUUCUCGCUCUCCAUACGCAUACAGAUACAUACAGUAGAAAAAACAUAUAUGAACAAAUCGAGUGCGCGUAGCAAAAGCGCCAUAUCACAUACCACCGCUGCUUGCCAUCGUGUACGAUGUCUGAACUGUUUAUGAAAACUGGCACAGCAUAUGUAUCCAUUUCGGAAUGCUGGCAGGGUACUAGUUGUAGUGCUGUAUGAAUACUACAAGAACAACAUGCUCGUAGAUGAAUGGAUUUUUGACGUAGAAGAGUUUCGCAUUUUUCAACACAACCCCCGCCCAGGGUGUUUAUGUGUACCAGACGUUUUCUACUCUCCUGUACGCAAAGCCUUCCCUUGAUGUCACAGCUCGAAGAUUCGUUCGAGACUGACAGGACAAGCGGUUCUGUUUACCGGUUUUGCAGUAGUACAGGGACCUGAAAAUGUUGAAUAGGACUACAGCAAGAACUUUUUUCCCAUCAGUGUCCAAGCCACAGCAAGGGCAGAAGUAGAGACAAAUCGAG